AUGCGCCGUGGCCACGGGCGGCGAGCGAGCGGGCUUAAAAGGCGACCGAGAACCCCCAGUUUGACCGGGAAAGAAAGCAGCGGAUCGAUCGGAGCAGCCACUACCGUCCCUCCACCACCACCACCCCCUCCACCCACCUCCACGAAGCCAGCCGGGAGCGGCCGACGGCGACAUGUGGGAAGGGGGCGUGCACGGGAGCCACCAGGACGCCGCCCGCCUGCUGCCCCCCUGGCUCGGGGGCGGCCCGGCCGCGUUCGCCGACCCGGUCGGCGCCGCGGUUGGGGCCGGCUUCGGCGGCUACGCGUGCGACGUCGUCGGGCAGGCAGGCGGGGUGUUCGGGUUCGGGUUCGAGGCGGCCGUCGUCGCGGCGCAGCAGCAGCAUCAGCAGCAGCGCGCGGCCGAGGCUGCGGCGGCGGCGGCCGGGGGCAGCAAGGCCGUCGUGUCCGGGCUGCUCGGGAGCCUGCAGGCGGAGCUCGGCCGGAUGAACGCCGGCGAGAUCAUGGACGCCAAGGCGCUGGCCGCCUCGCGGAGCCACAGCGAGGCCGAGCGCCGCCGCCGGCAGCGGAUCAACGGCCACCUCGCCAGGCUCCGCAGCCUCCUCCCCAACACCACCAAGACGGACAAGGCGUCGCUGCUUGCCGAGGUGCUGGAGCACGUGAAGGAGCUGAAGCGGCAGACAUCGGCGAUGACGAUGAUGGCGGCUGCUGUUGGGGGCGACGAAGACGACGACGCCGCGCCGGUGCAGAUGCUGCCGACGGAGGCCGACGAGCUGGGCGUCGACGCGGCGGAGGACGGGGAGGGGCGGCUCGUGGUGCGGGCGUCGCUAUGCUGCGAGGACCGCCCGGACCUCAUCCCCGACAUCAUCCGGGCGCUCGCGGCGCUCCGGCUACGUGCGCACCGGGCUGAGAUCACCACGCUGGGCGGGCGCGUCAGGAGCGUGCUCCUCAUCACGGCGGAAGAGGGCGAGGAGGGCGCCGACGAGGGCGGUGACGGCAUCGACGAGGAGUGCGUCGCAUCUCACCGGAGGCACGAGUGCAUCGCGUCGGUCCAGGAGGCUCUGCGCGGCGUCAUGGACCGCAGGGCAGCGUGCAGCAACGACACGUCAUCGUCCGGCGGUGGCGGCGGCGGCGGGAGCAUCAAGAGGCAGCGCAUGAACUACGGGGCGCAUGAGCAGUGCUCGGUUUAGCCGCGCACCGGCAUUAUCCAAGAUCGCAGAAGCUGCAUGCAUUGCGCAUGCGCCUUGGCGAUUAGCGUAGCUAGCUAAAGUUUUAGUCGUCGCAAGCUUUGGGGUGCGGUCCUUUGGGUAUAAUGGUGUGCAUGAUGGGGUAAAAACGUGAAACUGCAAGAGAGGGAGAGUUUUAUGCA